UUUGGUCAUUUCUCGUCCUUUUCGGCUCUUCUCCUUCCGAAACUCUCUUUUCCCUUUUUUUCUCUGUCUCUGGGCUGACUUGACAGCAGCGCACCGAUCAGCCGCAACGGAAGAUUGACCAGUGCGGGGCUGCGUUCCGUCGAUUCUCUCUCUCUUUGCUCGACUGUUCAACUGUUCAACUGUUCUCAUCUGCCUAGUCGGUUGCUCCAUCGACAGUCGCGUCAUCUGAAUCAAGUGACAAUCGUAUAUAUCUCAUUAAUUCAAGACACAACCGGAAAAGGAAGAGACCCUCUCUCCUCAAACGCCCCCCUCCAACAAACAAACAAACAAAAAAAAAAUCCAAGACAGCAACGGAUACCCACCUUUUCCCCCCUCUCCACCCCCCACCAACCCUCGGAGUCUCGCCUGACUGAACAUCAAAGCCCCUCCUCUCGUCCUCUUUCUCUCUCUCUCAUCUCGUUCUUAUUAUCCGACUCCACCUUUUCCGACCUCGACUUUUCUUCUUUCUUUCUUCUUCUUUCUUCCCUCCUUUCUCUCUCUCGCUCUCUCUCUCUCUCCCUCCUUCGCUCUCUAUUCCCCUCCAGUUUCCUUUUCUCGUCCACUCUUCGUCGAUCGUUCUCGGCUCUCUCCGAUCGCAAUGGCCGAUUUACAAGGUCGGAAGGUCUUCAAGGUCUUCAACCAGGAUUUCGUCGUCGAUGAGCGCUACAACGUCACCAAGGAGUUGGGUCAGGGUGCCUACGGGAUCGUUUGUGCCGCCCAGAACAUUCAGACCGGUGAUGGCGUUGCCAUCAAGAAGGUCACCAAUGUCUUUAGCAAGAAGAUCUUGGCCAAACGCGCCUUGAGAGAAAUCAAGCUCCUCCAGCACUUCCGUGGCCACCGCAACAUUACGUGCCUCUACGAUAUGGAUAUUCCCCGACCUGACAACUUCAAUGAGACGUACUUGUAUGAAGAACUGAUGGAGUGCGAUCUGGCCGCCAUCAUCCGUUCCGGACAGCCCUUGACCGACGCCCACUUCCAAUCCUUCGUCUACCAGAUCCUCUGCGGUCUGAAGUACAUCCACUCGGCGAAUGUCCUCCACCGAGAUCUCAAACCCGGAAACUUGCUGGUCAAUGCGGACUGCGAGCUCAAGAUCUGCGACUUCGGUCUGGCUCGUGGGUUCUCGAUCGAUCCGGAGGAGAAUGCGGGAUACAUGACUGAAUAUGUCGCGACGCGGUGGUACCGGGCCCCGGAGAUCAUGUUGAGCUUCCAGAGCUACACGAAAGCCAUCGAUGUGUGGUCCGUGGGCUGCAUUCUGGCCGAACUGCUCGGCGGCCGCCCCUUCUUCAAGGGCCGCGACUACGUGGAUCAGCUCAACCAGAUCCUGCACUACCUCGGCACCCCCAACGAGGAGACCCUGAGCCGCAUCGGCUCUCCCCGAGCCCAAGACUACGUGCGCAACCUGCCCUACAUGCCCAAGAUCCCCUUCCAGCGCCUCUUCCCCAACGCCAACCCAGACGCCCUCGACCUCCUCGACCGCAUGCUCGCCUUCGACCCGACCUCCCGCAUGUCCGUCGAAGACGCCCUGGAGCACCCCUACCUGCACAUCUGGCACGACGCCUCCGACGAGCCCAACUGCCCCACAACCUUCGACUUCCACUUCGAAGUCGUCGAAGACGUCGGCGAGAUGCGACGCAUGAUCUACGACGAGGUGGUCUCCUUCCGCGCCACCGUCCGCCAGCAGGCGCAGGCGCAGGCCGCCGCCCAGCAGCAGCAGAUGGCCCAGCAGACCAACGUCCCCAUCCCCGAGAACCACCAGCAGGGCGGAUGGAAGCACGAGGAGCCCAAGCCGCAGGAAGCGCUGGCCGCAAGCGGUGGACCCCCCAACGAUCUGGAAUCGUCGCUGCAGCGCGGGAUGGAUGUGCAAUAGAUGCUAUCUGCUAUAUGCUAUAUAGUUUUGACUUUGUUUUGAUUCUUUGAUUGCUUCAUCUGCUGUUUUGUGAUUUCUAGCUCUCAUGGAUGCUGGUGUCCUGUCAUUUUUGUUUUUAUUCAUUCACAUCUUUUUUGUUGUUGUUGUUGCUGUUGCUGUUGC